GACGUUAUUAGUAAACGGCCCACAAACAUGGCUACCCACGAAUGUGUCAAUGGAGACUUUUUCUUAGUUACGCAAUGAAAAUAGUAUUAUAAGACAGGACAGUCAUUUGGAAACAUGGGUUUUAUUAGACAUGUGGUGUGCGCCAUGUCCGGCGGGGUCGACAGCUCUGUCGCGGCGUUGUUACUAAAGAGAAGAGGUUACAGUGUAACAGGAGUUUUUAUGAAGAACUGGGACUCCCUGGAUGAGAGAGGGGUGUGCACUACAGAGAAAGACUGUGAGGACGCCUACAGAGUGUGCCAGAGCCUGGACAUCCCCUUCCACCAGGUGUCUUAUGUCAAAGAGUACUGGCUUGAAGUUUUCAGUAAACUAUUGAAGGAGUAUGAGAAGGGGAGGACGCCCAACCCAGAUAUACUUUGCAACAAGCACAUCAAAUUCAACCAUUUCCACAAGUAUGCUAUCAACACUCUGGGUGCUGAUGCCAUGGCAACAGGCCACUACGCCAGGACGUCACAGGAAGACGAAGAGUUGUUCCAGCAGACUCGCGCAGCGCCACCGACCACUCUCUUCAGAGAUCGAUUCGAGAUCAGAAAUCCGGUGAGGUUGUACAAAGGAGCAGAUCUCCUCAAAGAUCAAACCUUCUUCCUCAGUCAGAUCUCCCAGGAUGCCUUGCGACAAACCACGUUCCCGCUGGCCGGACUCACCAAAGACUUCGUCAAAAAGAUUGCUGCUGAGGCAGGCUUUCACCAUGUGCUGAAGAAGAAAGAGAGUAUGGGCAUCUGCUUCAUUGGAGAAAGAAACUUUGAAAACUUUAUUUUGGAGUAUCUGGAACCCAAACCAGGGAACUUUGUCUCCAUUGAGGACAGGGCUGUCAAGGGAACACACAAAGGCUGGUUCACUUUGACGCUGGGCCAGAGGGCGAGAAUUGGAGGGCAGAGAGACCCCUGGUUUGUGGUGGACAAAGACACCGAUACUGGAGAUGUGUUUGUGGCUCCAACAACCAAUCACCCGGCUCUUUUCCGUGACACGAUGCGGACAGACCGCUUCCACUGGGUAACGGUGGACCCGCCUCCUGAACUAGUCAGGACCCAGAUGAUGGAGUGUCAUUUCCGCUUCAUCCACCAGAUGCCUCUCACUCCGUGCACAGUGACCCUGAACAUGAACGGCUCUGUGUGGAUCACACUCUCCCAGCCAGUCAGAGCUCUGACACCCGGACAGUUUGCUGUGCUGUACAAAGGAGACGAGUGUCUGGGUAGUGGGAAGAUCAUGCAGCUGGGGCCCAGUGAAUACACCCUCCAACAGGGCAGAGAACGCUUGGUAGCAGCCGCGCAGCACAAGGAGCAGCCGAUCCCUGAACCAGCCAGCUGAGACGACCAGCCCGGCCGUGUUGUUGACGAGCUCUGUCUGGUACAUUAUGUAGAGCACACUGUUCAUGAGGAUAAACUGUGACACGGAUGUUGUUUUAGAGACCCCUUACAGGUGAUGGUUCUAUAAAUACUUUGAUGUAUUGAUAGGAUGAGGACAAGACGGUUAAUGAGGAUAUCUGCUAGCUGCUCAGAUUAACCAUCUGCAUCCAAGCCUACUGGUGUUUUGAGUGGAGAUAAGAUUUGAUAAGAAAAAUAAAGUUUAAUAAGUAAUAAGAUGGUUUGCUAAGUGGCAGCAACCCCAUUUUCACUUGUAUAGCGAACAUAAUGCGUUGCCUUUAUUUAUACUCUGCAAGUACUCCAUAGUACAUUCAUGAUGUCAUUAGAUCUGUUUGCUGUGCAAAGACCUGCAGCCUGGCAUUAUAUUAUUUAAGGGAAAAAAAACUGUUUGAUAUUCAUGUACUUGAUACUUUAUCUGGUAUUUAAGAAGUGUUUGAUGUAUGCUCCAUCUCCAGAAUUUGGUUAUUCUUUGGAAAAGGAGUUGUCAUAUCAGAAACCAAAGUCCAGCUUGGAUUUUUAAAUAGUUAGCCAGUGCUAAAAUGUUUCAGAAGAUGUCAAAAAUUCCUCCAACCCAAACUCUAAUAUGGAGAGUCUUGUCACUUGUGGUCUGGAAGAAAAGCUAUCUUUUUUUUAUUGACGCUGGCAGUCUGAGCUCUUUAGUGGUUUUCUUAACUGUAAUAGUAGUAAACCUGUGAGUGACCCAGGGAAAUGGGAUUUGUCUCUAAGCUAGCAGAGGGUUCAUUAUGGGUCUAGAGAUGUUGGACACAAUUGUUGGCCCUCUUAACUGUGAGUGAAAGUGAUUCUGUGAAAAAUAAUUCUCUUGAUUAUUCAGAAUUUUCAUUCACUGAAGGGUUACUAUCAUCUCCAAGGUUUCUCAUGUUGUUCACGAACUUCCCUCCUGUCCUUUACCUGUACCUUCUUUUCUGACUGACUGUCACUCAUGCUUCCCUGCCUCUGUGCCAACUGCAAACCUAAAGCGGAUCAAUGUUCAUCCAUGACUCUACUUUGUUCUUUGAAUCAUUUUCAAAAAGCAAGAUGCUUCGUGUUUUCUUCUGUUUGUUUAUUGAUAAACUAUGUUAAUGCUUUAGUACUAAAGUAAGAACAACCAAAUAGGAUUAAAAAGCAAAUGUGGUGUUGUUCAAGACAGUGGUAUUGUUCAACUCAGCUGUUAUUGAACUACUUUAUACUGUCAUGAAUAUUGAUUCCGUUAAAAACAUAUAUAGGGUUUUUGAAACAACAAAUUAUAGAGAUUUAUACAUUGGACAUUUUAGGUGCCUUUUCUCUUAAAAUGGUUGUAAGCUCUUCCUAAACUACAAGCUGUAAAUACUUGAACAUUUACCAGCGAGUGAAUAAACCUCAUAAGUGAUUCAUUGGCCGGCAUAUUCCCUCCAGAGUCUUUAUUUACUUGAGAAUGUACAGUGUGUGAUUGUGCAU